AAUAACCUUCCCCGCUCAGCGCUGGCGGAAUCUAUAUAAGGCACUCCGGGUUCAAAAUCUUCUGGUUUUCUUGAGUCUCAGUGGGGGACCAGGAGCGAGCCGAGGCAGCUCCGAACGUCUUCCUCCUCCCGCCCCACAGGAGGACUGUGCAAGGCUUGGUCUCCGGGGUUCUUCUUUCAACUUCUCUUCGAAGUGGAUCGCAAAGGAGGCUCCGGUCAAACUGGCGAGCAGUUGAUGACCAGCCACAGUGUCUCUGCUGUGUGCUGUUGCCAUCUGUGCUGCUGCUGGUGUAUACAGAGAGAAGAUGGCAUUCUGGACACAGCUGGGGUUGUUGCUAUGGAAGAAUUUCACCUAUAGGAGAAGACAAACGCUCCAGCUGCUGAUUGAAAUUGCUUGGCCUUUGUUCAUCUUCUUCAUACUGAUCUCUGUGCGGUUGUCAUAUCCACCCUAUGAGCAACAUGAAUGUCACUUCCCAAACAAGGCCAUGCCUUCGGCUGGAACGUUGCCCUGGGUCCAGGGGAUGAUCUGCAAUGCCAACAAUCCUUGCUUCCGCUACCCAACACCUGGGGAGUCACCAGGCAUUGUUGGAAAUUUUAACAAGUCUAUUGUUUACCGGUUGUUCUCAGAUGCCAAGCGAUUGCUCUUGUAUAGCCAGAAAGACACCAGCGUAGAGGAUGCUCACGAACUCAUUGGGAAACUGAAGAAGGUUGGGAAAUCUAUUUCAGGUGUGAAGCUUCGAGAUUUCCUGAUUGCCAACGAGACAUUCUCUGACUUCCUCACUCACAAUGCUAGCCUACCACAAUUUGCUGUAAAUGAAAUACUGAAUGCUGAGGUCAACCUCCAACAGGUCAUUGCAUCUGGCUACUGGAUGAAGGUGAAAGAUCUUUGCAAUUCAACCAAGCUGUCAGAAUUCGUCACCAUCAGAAACCCAGUGGUAGCUUUGGUCAGCGAUGCUUUAAUUUGCACCAUGCCGAAGGAAAAACUUGCUUCUGCAGAGAAAGUGUUUCAGGAGAAUAUAGAUGUCCUGAAGCCAAUUAUGAAGGGGAUCACUUCCAACUCCACUCUGCAGGAUCUUCAGGGAACAGUAGAGACGUUCAUGGUGAGCCUUGGGAAUCUUCUUAAAGAGCUAGGGAGCAUGAAAAGCUGGAGUGACAUGAGGCAGGAGGUGUUGUUCUUGAACCAUGUCAACACCACCAAUUCUGCUACAGAAAUUUUCCAAGCAGUCUCUCGGAUUGUUUGCGGACACCCCGAAGGAGGGGGACUCCAGAUCAAGUCUCUCAAUUGGUAUGAAGACAACAAUUACAAAGCUCUCUUUGGUGGCAACAACACUGACGAAGAUGCUGCUGAUUUCUAUGACAACUCCACAACACCCUACUGCAAUGGCUUAAUGAAGAAUCUGGAGUCCAGACCACGUUUCCGAAUUAUUUGGAGAGCCCUGAAGCCUUUGCUUGUUGGGAAGGUCUUGUACACACCUGACACACCAGCAACGAGGAUGGUCAUGUCUGAGGUAAACAAGACAUUCCAGGAGCUAAGUGUCUUCCGUGAUCUCGGAGGGAUGUGGGAAGAGAUAAGACCAAAGAUAAGAACUUUCAUGGAGGAAAGCCAGGAAAUGGAUCUGGUCCGGACAUUACUGAAGAGCAAGGACCUCUGGAACUCUCUUUUGGAAAGUUCAGGCUGGACUGCUGAGGAUGUCUCCCUGUUCCUGGCAAAGAACCCAGACGAUGUUCAUCCAGUGAAUGGCUCCACUUACACCUGGAGGGAUGCUUACAACGAGACAGACCACGCUAUUCUGACUAUUUCGCGCUUCAUGGAAUGUGUCAAUUUGGACAAGUUGGAGCCCAUGCCUACUGAGGUUCAGCUGAUCAACAAAUCCAUGGGGCUGCUAAAACAGAGGAAAUUGUGGGCAGCCGUUGUUUUCCCUGAAAUUGCUCCUAACAGUGUGAAGUUGCCACAUCAUGUCAAGUACAAGAUACGGAUGGACAUAGACAAUGUGGAAAGAACAAACAAAAUUAAGGACGGGUACUGGGACCCAGGUCCUCGAGCUGAUCCCUUUGAAGACAUGCGCUACGUCUGGGGAGGCUUUGCUUACUUGCAGGACAUGGUAGAGCAGGCAAUUAUCCGGUCUCUGACAGGCUCUGAGAAGAAAACUGGUGUCUAUGUGCAGCAGAUGCCUUACCCUUGUUAUGUGGAUGACGUAUUCCUGCAAGUCAUGAGCCGGUCCAUGCCUCUCUUCAUGACUCUGGCUUGGAUUUACUCUGUGGCAUUGAUAGUCAAGGGGAUUGUGUAUGAGAAGGAAGCCCGGCUGAAAGAGACCAUGAGGAUCAUGGGCCUUAACAGCAGGACCCUCUGGCUCAGCUGGUUCGUUAGCAGCCUCAUCCCCCUCCUCUUGAGCGCAGGGCUCCUGACACUGAUCCUCAAGCAUGGAAACCUGCUGCCUUACAGCGACCCCAGUGUGGUGUUCAUCUUCCUGUCCUUUUUUGCUGUGGUGACUAUCAUGCAGUGCUUCCUCAUCAGCACUUUGUUCUCAAGGGCCAAUCUGGCAGCUGCUUGUGGAGGGAUCAUCUACUUUACUUUCUACUUACCAUAUCCGCUGUGUGUUGCCUGGGAGGACUACAUCAGCUCCUCUCUCCAAAUAUUUGCGAGCCUGCUUUCUCCUGUUGCCUUUGGGUUUGGCUGCGAGUACUUUUCUCUGUUUGAAGAGCAGGGGAUCGGGGUGCAGUGGGACAAAGUCUUUGGCACAGCCCCAGAAGAAGGCCACUUCAGCCUGACCACUUCUGUAUCAAUGAUGGUGUUUGAUAGUUUCCUGUAUGGGAUUAUGACGUGGUAUAUUGAGUCUGUCUUUCCAGGCCAGUAUGGCAUUCCUAGGCCCUGGUACUUUCCCUUUAUGAAGUCCUAUUGGUGUGGCGAGGAAUCUGAGGAGCAGUACCUCCCUUCUCUGCGUAAAGGGUCAUCGGAAAUCUGUGUAGAAGAGGAACCAAGUCACCUUUGCCUUGGGGUAUCCAUUCAGAGUCUAGUGAAGGUUUAUCGUGAUGGCAAGAAGCUGGCUGUUGAUGGUCUCACACUGAAUUUCUAUGAAGGGCAAAUCACCUCUUUCCUGGGACACAAUGGAGCUGGGAAAACUACCACUAUGUCCAUCUUGACAGGAUUAUUUCCACCAACGUCAGGCACAGCGUUCAUCCUGGGCAAAGACAUCCGUUCUGAACUCAGCACCAUCCGGCAGAAUCUGGGUGUCUGUCCUCAACAUAAUGUCCUGUUUGAUGAGCUGACAGUGGAGGAGCACAUUUGGUUCUAUGCACGCCUGAAGGGGCUGUCAGAAAAACUGGUGAAAAAGGAGAUGCAACAGAUGGUCAUAGACGUUGGCUUGCCUCACAAACUCAAAUCGAAGACCAGUAAACUCUCUGGUGGCAUGCAGAGAAAGCUUUCGGUUGCCCUGGCCUUUGUAGGUGGCUCUAAAGUUGUCAUUCUGGAUGAGCCAACGGCUGGUGUUGAUCCUUAUUCUCGCAGAGGGAUCUGGGAGCUACUUUUGAAAUAUCGCCAAGGCCGCACCAUCAUUCUCUCCACACACCACAUGGACGAGGCAGACAUCCUCGGAGACCGGAUUGCAAUAAUAUCUCAUGGCAAACUGUGCUGUGUGGGGUCAUCGCUGUUCCUGAAGAACCAACUGGGGACAGGCUAUUAUAUGACCUUAGUCAAGAAGGAUGUAGACUCCUCACUGAGUUCUUGCAGAAACAGCAGCAGCACAGUUUCUUACCUGAAAAAGGAUGACAGUGUGUCUCAGAGUAGCUCUGAUGCUGGGCUUGGCAGUGACCAUGAAAGUGACACCUUGACAAUAGAUGUGUCUGCAAUUUCCAGUCUCAUUACAAAGCACGUCCCUGAAGCAAGGCUGGUGGAGGAUAUUGGCCAUGAGUUAACCUACGUUUUGCCAUAUGAAGCAGCUAGAGAGGGAGCUUUUGUGGAGCUGUUCCAUGAGAUUGAUGACCGCCUCUCUGACCUGGGCAUUUCCAGUUACGGCAUUUCUGAGACUACCCUGGAGGAGAUAUUUCUCAAAGUGGCAGAAGAUAAUGGUGUAGAUGCAGAGACCUCAGAUGGCACUUUACCUGCCAGAAGAUACCGACGUGUCUUUGGAGACAGACAAAGCUGCCUUCGUCCAUUUACCGAAGAUGAUGUUUUUGAUCCCAAUGAUUCUGACAUAGACCCAGAAUCCCGAGAGACUGACUUGCUGAGUGGGAUGGAUGGCAAAGGAUCCAGCCAAGUAAAAGGCUGGAAAUUGAUCCAGCAGCAGUUUGUAGCUCUGCUCUGGAAGAGGCUGCUUAUUGCAAAACGCAGCAGGAAGGGGUUUUUUGCCCAGAUUGUCCUCCCAGCUGUCUUCGUUUGCAUUGCUCUCUUGUUCAGUUUGAUUGUGCCUCCCUUUGGCAAGUAUCCCAGCCUGGAAUUGCAACCAUGGAUGUACAAUGAACAGUACACAUUUAUCAGCAAUGAUGCUCCAGAAGAUACUGGCACUCAGAAGCUCUUGAAUGCGCUCCUCAACAAACCUGGCUUUGGGACUCGCUGCAUGAAAGGACACUCCAUUCCAGAUAAUCCUUGCUCUGUGGGGGAAGAGGCCUGGGCCACCGCUCCUGUUCCUGAGACAAUCAUGGAAAUCUUCCAGAAUGGCAACUGGACUAUGGAAAACCCCUCUCCACCUUGCAUAUGUAGUAAUGAGAAGAUAAAGAAGAUGCUUCCUAUGUGUCCUCCAGAGGCCGGUGGGCUGCCUCCUCCUCAGAGAAUGCAGAACACCACAGACAUCCUUCAGAACCUGACAGGCCGCAACAUUUCUGAUUACCUGGUGAAGACCUAUGCACAGAUCAUCGGGAAAAGUUUGAAAAAUAAGCUCUGGGUGAAUGAAUUCAGGUAUGGUGGAUUUUCAUUGGGAGCCAGCAGCUCACUUGUGCUUCCACGAAGUGAGGAAGUGAAUGAUGCCAUCAGGCAAGUGAAGGAAAUCUUGGUAGUAACCAAGGGGAGUUCUGUGGAACGCUUCCUUAACAACCUAAUGAGCUUCAUGAAGGGAAUGGACACAAAUGAUAAAGUAAAGGUGUGGUUCAACAACAAAGGCUGGCAUGCUAUUGGCUCCUUUCUCAAUGUGAUGAACAAUGCCAUUCUCCGGGCCAACCUGAAGGAUAGAGAGAAUCCCAGCACCUAUGGCAUCACAGCCUACAACCACCCGCUGAACCUCACUAAGCAGCAGCUCUCCGAAGUGGCCUUGAUGACUACCUCCGUGGAUGUUUUGGUCUCCAUCUGCGUCAUCUUUGCCAUGUCCUUUGUCCCGGCCAGCUUUGUCGUUUUCUUGAUCCAGGAGCGAGUCAGCAAGGCCAAACACCUGCAGUUCAUCAGUGGUGUGAAGCCAGUUAUUUACUGGCUGGCCAACUUUGUCUGGGAUAUGUGCAACUAUAUAGUUCCAGCCACCUUGGUCAUCAUCAUCUUCAUCUGCUUCCAGCAGAAAUCUUAUGUGUCCUCAACCAACCUUCCAGUCUUGGCCCUUCUUCUCUUGCUCUAUGGGUGGUCCAUCACCCCUCUCAUGUACCCAGCAUCCUUUGUGUUCAAGAUCCCCAGCACAGCCUAUGUGGUGCUGACCAGCGUGAACCUCUUCAUUGGUAUCAAUGGAAGCGUGGCCACUUUUGUCCUUGAACUUUUCACCAACAAUAAGCUGAACAACAUCAACGAUAUCCUGAAGUCUGUGUUCCUCAUCUUCCCCCACUUCUGUCUGGGCCGGGGCUUGAUUGACAUGGUGAAAAACCAAGCCAUGGCUGAUGCUCUGGAAAGAUUUGGUGAGAACCACUUUGACUCCCCUCUUUCCUGGCAUCUGGUGGGACGGAACCUUUUUGCCAUGGCUGUACAGGGUGCCGUCUUCUUCCUCAUCACAGUGCUUAUUCAGUACAGAUUCUUCAUCAAAUCCAGGCCUGUCUAUGCAAAGCUUCCACCUGUGAACGAAGAAGAUGAGGAUGUAAACAGAGAAAGACAGAGAAUCAUCAGUGGUGGUGGGCAGAGUGAUAUUUUGGAAAUCAAAGAGUUAACGAAGAUAUACAGAAUGAAACAAAAGCCUGCUGUAGAUAGGAUCUGUGUCGGCAUUCCGCCUGGGGAGUGUUUUGGCCUGCUGGGUGUGAAUGGUGCUGGCAAAUCCUCAACUUUCAAAAUGUUGACUGGAGACACUGAUGUUACAGGAGGAGAUGCUUGUCUGAAAGGAAACAGUAUCUUGUCUAACAUCCAGGAUGUCCAUCAGAAUAUGGGCUACUGUCCUCAGUUUGAUGCUAUUCAUGAGCUGCUGACAGGGAGAGAGCACCUGGAAUUCUUUGCACUCUUAAGAGGGGUUCCUGAGAAAGAAGUCUGCAAGGUGGGUGAAUGGGCUGUUCGGAAACUAGGCCUCAUGAAGUAUGCAGAGAAAUGUGCUGGCACCUACAGUGGUGGGAACAAGCGCAAGCUGUCCACUGCCAUCGCCCUAAUUGGGGGGCCGCCUGUGGUGUUCCUGGAUGAGCCAACCACAGGAAUGGACCCCAAAGCACGCCGCUUCCUUUGGAACUGUGCUCUGAGUAUCAUCAAGGAAGGAAGAUCUGUGGUCCUUACAUCUCACAGCAUGGAAGAAUGUGAGGCCCUCUGCACUCGAAUGGCAAUAAUGGUCAAUGGGCGGUUCAGGUGCCUUGGGAGUGUCCAGCACCUGAAGAACAGGUUUGGAGAUGGCUACACAAUCAUUGUGCGAAUAGCAGGGGCAAACCCCAACUUGAAACCUGUUCAGAACUUCUUUGAACUUGCCUUUCCUGGCAGUGUGCUGAAGGAAAAGCAUCGCAACAUGCUGCAGUAUCAGCUGCCGUCCUCUCCAUCUUCACUAGCUAGAAUAUUUAGCAUCCUCUCCCAGAACAAGAAGAGACUUCACAUAGAAGACUACUCCGUUUCCCAGACCACACUUGACCAAGUAUUUGUAAACUUUGCCAAGGACCAAAGUGAUGAUGACCACACAAAGGACUUGUCGCUGCACAAAAACCAGACUGUUGUAGAUGUUGCAGUUCUGACUUCCUUUUUGCAAGAUGAGAAGAUGAAAGAAAGCUACGUAUGAACAACCCUCUUGGAAAGGGUGUGACUAUAGUACUGAGCAGAAGGGGGACUGUUAUCCCUUCUGUGGCAUCAGGGGAUCUUCCCAAGAGCAAAGAGACAGGGAGAGGAUACAGAGAGGAAGAGAAUAAACUGGACAUUCUACUGGUAUCCAUUCAAUGCAAUGCAAUUCAAUGCAAUGAAAAAACAAACAAACAAUAUUCCAUUACAGAGGCAGUGCCUCUUGGACAUGUUGCCUUGUUGUACUGUUCUCUAGUGAAAGACUUGAAUCUAGUUGUUCUUACAUUAUAACUCUGUGAAUUUCUGGUAUGGUGCCACUUGCUGCUGUGUGGUCUUCUGCCAUACUCCCGUUUUUCUCCUUAGUGUGUGUUUUGGUUAGGGGUUGUACAACAACAGUUCAGAGGAUUCUCGGCCAGUGAUUAUUUAUUGCCAUUUUAAGGCAUGCACAGCCCGUCUGCAGGGCAAGUGGAAUUGCUUGGGUGCUACAUCCAUUGCCGGCAAUGAAUGCACCAACAGAACCAGUGCCAAGCAUUUGCCGCACAAUGCACUGCUGGGGCCUUAUUUAAUUAUUAGCAGGUUGGCCUGCUGAAUCUACCCGAGUUUAAGGGGACUUGUAGAAAGCGAUCACACUGGGCCAUGAAGCACACCAUCUCGAAAUACAUUUAAUUCAGUGUUUCUUACUAGGCUGUGGCAGAAUUAAUCAUUAACCAUGCAAACAUUUGAGAUGACUUCCAUCCCAAUAGUAUGGUGACCAAUAGCUUUUUCCUCCAAUAGACCUUUGUGACGUUGUUGUUUUCAGCUUUAUUAUUACUUAAGACUUGCAAUCGAUUCAUUUUCUCACAACAGUAUUAUUUCUAUUAAGUGACUCAGCAACUUCUGUGCAUUGUUGGACCUACUGUCCCAUCUUCAUGCCCCCAGCUAUAAUUUUUUUUAAUACUUUGGCUGUGUUACCAGUGUAUUUCACUAGAUACUCAUAGCAUUAUUUGUGCAAAUGUUGCGAUUUGUCUGUUCUGGCAGUCACCACUAUUCUAUUUGCAUCUACUAUAAAGUCUUCUGUGUUUGGUUUUUCCAUACAAAAUGUGAACAAGAGUGGGUGCCUCUUAUACUCCAGAUAGAUGUUGCCUUUACAUCUCUUAACUGCAGUGGGGUGGGGUGGGGGAACAGUUGUGACUGUUCACACCUGUUCCCUUUGGGGCCCUGCCAUAUGCCCUGCUUGUCACCUCUAGAUCUCCCACUUCACAUGGAGGCAUAAAGCGAGAGAGGUCUAACCCUGAGGGCAAGAGAUGGCAAUCCUAGCAACCAUAUUACUAGAUCCUGUUUAUUCUGAGAUGAGCUGCAGAUUCAUUUUAAAAGGUGACUUUUCCAAAUGAGCAAUAAUUGUUGUAUUAAAUAAAUAAAUAGCCUUGAUAUAAUUGAACCAAGCAGGUAUUUUAGUUUAAAAGCAAGAGGAGAGAGCGCUGUAAGAUGUAUUGAUGAUUCUUUGCAACACUGGAGCAUUUUUGAAGGGGUUGAGAUGCACAAACCUCUUCAGCAGAGACUACAAAGCAGACACAAUCCAGAAAAGGUUAGUUGCAAGAAUACCCUUUUUGAAACCAGAGGGCCGUGAAGCCCAAUCCUGUACACACUUAUAUUUGGAAGUAAAUUCCAUUGAGUUCAACAAGAGUUCCACCGUAAAGGGUUUUUCUAGAAUUGCACCCUUAGUGGCAACUAACUUUUGUUGAGGUGUCCAAUGGCUCUUAUUGCCUUCUCCAAGCCUUAAACUUUGCCUAUGGUUUUUACAUUUCAAAAACUAGGCAAUUGCUUGCCCUUGUCUAGGGCAGCUACUAUGAUUUGCAGUGUUCAAACACUAUGUGGUAAUAUUGUUUGUACACAGGGCACUCACCUAACUGAUUUUACACACUGGUCAGCAUGCCCUGAAAUAAAGAAAGCAAGAGACUAGUCCUUCCAUACAUCAGCAGAAGCGCUCUUGUAACAUUUUUCACACAAAUGGGUAGCUAGUAGCUACUAGCUACCAGUUUUCAACAUACUUUGUGCAUAGCAAGAAAAUCAACCCCCCCCCACUUCCUUAACAUGGGCCAAUCCACUGUUAGUUGCAACUACUUACUAGUGAAAGCAACAGAAUGUCAGCUAGUCACAAGUUCAACUACCCUAUUCCAUUCAUCUUGAUUAGAGCUGGAUUGGGACCUGCCAGCAUAGAUUGGUUGGUUGCUGAAGUGUGCUAUAAUCAGACAAAUCCUUCACUGUGUUAAACAAAGCUACACGAGACAAUUCAAAUGGCAGAUGUUUGAGUUUUUGUUUCUUGAGAAAAAAAGUAUUGGCAAUUCUGUCCAGAAAGAGACAAGGUACUAAACAGAAAACAUUUGUCCCCCUCCCCCACCACCCCAUGGAGAGAUUUAAGUACUUGCUUAGCUCUUCCAUUCGAGCAGAUUGGUCCUAAAAGUGCAUUUUGGGUAGGGAUUCAGACUAGCUUUGAUCCUGUAAUGUACUUUGGCACAGUAUACACAUUGGCUGCCCCUUAAAGAAUAAGCUGCUUUACCCAAGCUUUUUAUUUGUGUUGAAUGUGGGUUAGCCAAAUGCUACAUGUGUUUUAAUAUGAAACCACUAAUCAUGGAACUGUGUUGGACAUUUACCACUUAAAAUGUGUCUGUGGUUACCGUGUGACAUUGCUCUCUGCAGUAUUUGUACUUUUUCUGUAGGGGCUUUUUGCUAUGAUUACUUUUUUAAAGAAAGAAUACUUCUGUGGGCUUGUAUUACUGUGCUUUUCCUUUUACCCCUGUUUCUUCCACCCACCUUUAACACGGUUGGUCCUUCAUUCCAAGCACUUUAUGCUAGCUGUAAUGGGAUCUAUUUUUGCACUGGAAUACUCUAACUUCAAAAAAAUCUAGAACAGUUUCACAAAAAGAAAAUUAAGUUAAUCUUUCAAUGGACAUUUUCAUGAAAAAUUAAAAUAUAUAUUUGUAUUGCUGAUAACUAUUUGUGAAGUAUUAAAUAGGCAUUUGUUAAUUGCCUUGUAUCAAGUUUAAAAAAAAUAAAGCAUUGUUGGUUUAUGAA